UUGAAAUGCUCGGGGAGGGGGAGUGGCCUCGGGCGGGAGGCGGAGCCUGAGGCCAGGAGAGACGGUGAAGUUUGCGUGGUCGUCACUCACUCGCUGACAUUUUCUUCAACGAGCUGAAGCCCACUCAGUGACGACGACGCUUCUGCUGUUGCCAUAGUAACCUUCAUCCUGUCAUCGGCCUAGUCACGCCCCCUCGCUGAUGACUGUCAGGAUUUUGUGACUUUGCAUCGUUUCCCUUCACGCACUUUCCUGUGCUCAACAUCGCCCCUGCUGCUGCCAUGGACAACAUUCCCAGAAGGUGGGUGCUGAAGCCUCUGCUCCCCCCGCUGCAUCUCUCUGACCUACGUCGCACGACGGGUCCGAGCAGAGGUGAAGAUGACGUGUUGUCCCCUGAUGGCCUGGCGGUCCAGCCCCGCCAGGUCACCGUCUCACGGGAUGGGGGUGACAGCGGCGACGAGUGGUAUCCCGGCAGUCCCGGCAGCAGCUCGGGAUCUCGCAGCGGCUUCUACUCGUUCGUGGAGGACCCAGGAAGUCCGGAAGCAGAGCUGAAUGAAGCAUGGAUGGUAAGCCCUCAGCGGCAGGUUCAUCUCACCACCCUGAUGGAGGACAAGGCCUUUAAAGUGCAGACGUACACCAGUGGCAAGAAACCAGAGACUUUGUUUACAGUCUCAGAGUCACAGUACAAAUUCCAACCAGAAAACCACUGCCAAGUAUUUGGGGAGGAAGAAGAGAAGCAACUGAGGAAGGAAAUCAUCCAAAAGCAAGCCCCAAAGAAGAAGUCAACUUUCAAACUAAGUGACCAAGUGAGUGUGCUGGAGAAGCUGGAUUGGAGUCAGCCUACAAGUAUGCUGACAAAAGGUUCCGGUUUAAGCUCCAGUCCCGUCAGACUAGAACCCUCUUUCCCCGUAGACGCUGGGACGAUUGACAGGGCUCAGAUUGACUUCAGUGCAGCUCGGCAGCAGUUCCUGGAGCUGGAGCGGGACAAGCGGAAUUUCCUUGUCAACCCUUGGAGGUCACGUGUGUCCAGUAAGAUGGAGAAAGAGGACACAACAUGCUCUGAAUCUGGUGAAGAUAAAACCUCAACUGGGACUGAGCAGAAGUCAAGCGUGAGGGGAAUACUGAAUGACCCAGGUUUGUUGGUUGUGGAGGACUUGUGCGGUGGGUCCAUCAGUGACAAAGAUGUGUUUGACGACAGCAGUGUCCAAACAACUAGGAAAGAGAAGUCUGAUGUUCACAAUGAAACCCCGAUUGAGAAAGAGAUCCGCUUAGUUCAAGAACGUGAGGAAAACCUCAGACGCUUACGAGGCCUUAAGCACAGUGACGGACUCUCAGAGAUGGUGAAGAUUCACACCAAGCGGGUGCAGUCACCGCUAAUAUCUCACAAGGCCAAAGAGAAGAACCAUGUGAGCUUCAUCAUUCAGCAAGAAAGCCACAAAGAGAAGGUCGAUCAGCAGAGUCCAGAAACACCAAAGGAGCUUUUAGACACAAAGAGACAGUUCCAGGAAGACCUACAGGACCAGGAGGUCUUUUUGUCCCAUUGCUGUCCUCAUAGACACGCUGAGGAAACCUCCUCCUCCUUGUCCAUGAUAUUGCCCGUGUCUCCUCAGCAUGUCCCGUCAUGGACCAGAACUCUUUCUUGGAGAGCCAACCAGGAGUCCACCGGCCUGCAGUGCGGGAAAACCAGUGUCCCAGAUUUCAUCGAGAAGGAGAUCGAAGAGACUUUGCUACGAGAGCAGGAGCUUCAGGAGUCCAGACAGUCUAGAGAGUCCUUGGAGUCCAGACAGUCCAGGGAAUCUAGAGAGUCCAGCGACUCCAGACUGUCCAGAGAGUCUAGAGCGUUUGGAGAGUCCAGAGGGUUCAGGGAGUCCAGCCUCCUCUCUCCCGCUCCUUUAGUGGAGCAGGCAUCGAAGAUGGCCGUCAAGCAGUUGGACCCCACAGAAAACGCAGGCCUGACGGGGACGCCGCCGAGGGACUUCGAGGAGCGACGAGCGCGACAGAGGAUGGACGACACCCCCUACGCCGGAAUCCAGACCAUCGAUGACAUCAACAACCAGGUUGUGGAAUCAACUCGAGUUAUUCGACAUAAAAACCAACGCGCACUCCGCUGGGAGGCGGGUGUCUUUGCCAACCAGCUGGACCAGAAGGAACACAUCGGCCACCGCGUCCAGAUCCAGAUCCAGAACCAGAACCUAGACCACCUAGAUCAACUACUGCAUUGUGGUGAAAUGUAGGAUUGCGCGAGGAGCGGCCUCAUCAAGGGCCACGACAGGCCUUGUGUGGAGGAGGCCGUUAUUUGAUGAUGAGGAUGAAGAUGGCAGUGAUGACAAUGAUGAUGAAGAAGUUCAACAUGAAUGCUGAUCCGUUCAUGCUAUUCUAAAAGGCACGUAUGCUCCUGCUCUCUGUUUCACGGUGCUUGGGCUGCCGGAAAUAAAGCGAGCGUGUGCGCGCGUGCACCGAAGCUACCAACCUCCAUCAACAUUUGCGUCAAUACGGCAUGACGAGUCUCAAACGCAAGGCGGCGUCUCUGCUUUAGACAUGCGACACUUCAAAAUUGAAUUGGCUGUGACAAGACAAAUACGAAAAGAAUCAUUUCAACUGUAAAGACAUUUUAUUUGUCAUGCAGCCUUUGUUUACAUUCCAAGUUUUUGACAUUGAAAGUUUGUUAGUAGCACGUCUGCCUCCCAGCUCAGCGCUUGAGGUUUCCGUUCUGCCCUCAGGCCUUCCGGUGUCUAGUUAGCGUGUUUUGAGCAUAUUCUUCACAAGCUCAAGUGGCUUUUUCCUCACGCAUUCCAAAAACUGAAGAAUCAAUUGUUCACAGGUCUGACUUCUUGGGAACCUGACCAGUAGGGAGGGGUUGUCGCACUCUGCAAAGACAUUUAGAGCAAGACGUCAACUCGUCUCUAAUCGUGCGUUUGCCUUGAGAGGCCGGCAGCAAGAGACGAAAGGCGUCCGUCGCCUCAACUUAUUCCAAUUGGCUGCGUAGCUAAGCGAGGGAGAAAGAUUCCAGGAGGACUUGGAACCCUUUUUUCGGCUCACGGAGAGCGGCCAAUCGUCCCAGCACGCUUGGAGGGUCUCCGUAACGAUUUGCUGCAAAUUUCCACCGCGCACCACUGGCACUACUGUGGUGGCUCCGGAACGAGAGGAUUUUUUUUCUGCCCGUCCACGCUCUUGGUUCUGAUGUGUUCCUUCUGCGUAAAUUGGGCCUAUGAGCUGUCCAUUGGCGAGGAAUAUUGAUUAUUUCAAAGCAUUCCCUCCGCCUUUGAUUUGGGGAAAUUUUAGUACUGUACAGAAAAGGUAUCAAUCACGUCAUCAGCGACGAGUUGACGACUUUCAUCACAUUAGUGUGGACUUAAAAAGAAAAAGUUGUGCAACCCCGACACUGGAAAACAAACAAGUAAAAACCUUGAAAACAGGACAGUUUGUCCCCAAAAUAAGAGACAAAAUCUGUCAGUCAGAUGCAUUUUCUGUAGCGCUUCUCCACACAACGGGUCGCGGGUGUGCUGCCACCCAUCCCAGCUAUCUUCGGGCGAGAGGAUUGGUCACCAGUCAAUCGCAGGGCACAUAGAAACAAACGACCAUUCGCACUCACAUUCACACCUUCGGGCAAUUUAGAGUCUUCAAUUCAAUCGACCUCGCCCUGUUUUUGGGACGUGGGAAGAAAGCGGAGCGCCCGGAGAAAAGCCACGCAGGCACGGGGAGAACACGCAAACUCCACACGGGCGGGGCCGGGAUUUGAACCCGCAACCUCAGAACUGUAGGGCACAUGUGCAGAUGUCUUCAGUAGGAAUAAGGUAAGAUUUGGCUUUUUUUGCAGCGUAUCGACCCGUCGGUUGUUUGUCUGUACGCACCCCGAUAGCGACUGGCGACCAGCUUCUCGCACGAAGUCAGCCGGCAUAGGCUCCGGCCGACCUUGCGAGCGAAGAGAGGCGCUGUGGAAAAUACAACGGACGGAAGUUUGUUGCGUUCUGGCGUCAUCGUGCGGCUAUUGCUCGCCUUUGAUUUGGCGGAGGGCUCCAACUGGUUCGUAGCUGAGGCAACAUCGUCGGUUAGCCACCGAGUGACGCUGACUGGCUAAAGUUGGGAAUUCUUUUUGAUGCGCUACUUCCUGUAUUUGCCUCCUCGCCCACUGUAGCUCCGCCCCUUCCUGACAUCCAUCCAUCCAUCCAUUUUCUGAGCCGCUUCUCCUCACUAGGGUCGCGGGCAUGCUGGAGCCUAUCCCAGCUGUCACCGGGCAGGAGGCGGGGUACACCCUGAACUGGUUGCCAGCCAAUCGCAGGGCACAUAGAAACUAACAACCAUUCGCACUCACAGUCAUGCCUAUGGGCAAUUUAGAGUCUCCAAUUAAUGCAUGAUUUUGGGAUGUGGGAGGAAACCGGAGUACCCGGAGAAAACCCACGCAGGCACGGGGAGAACAUGCAAACUCCACACAGGCGGGGACGGGGAUUGAACCCCGCACCUCAGAACUGUGAGGCUGACGCUCUAACCAGUCGCCCACCGUGCCGCCCCCUUCCUGACAUUCAUUUUGUUUUCUUUUGUCUCACUAUGGCAACAAAUUUGUCACACAAACAAUGAUUUACCUCCACCAAUCGGACAACAGCGCACGCACACUCAUGCUUAGCAUCACCAUAGCAACUGAGCACAGACACGUAUACAUAGACGCCGUAGUGGAUGUGGCCGAUGGGCCCGUUCGCUCAUGCACGUCCACGGACUGAACUUCAGAAAGUGCCUCUCAUUCCUCCUCUUUUAAUCUGAUGAUUCGAAAUGUUGAGGGUAGGGUUAACCACCAAUAAGUACUCAUAUGAGUGUUUAGAGCGACUCAUUUAUGUAACACUGCAGUUACUGUAAUGAUACGGUGAAAUGUAACGAACUAGAUCCUGAAUUGCAGAUGUGACAUGAGGGCUUUCUGAAUAAAGAACACAUGUUUAUAUUUA